GAGGUGGGGCUUCUCUCCCCGCACAGAGCAGAUCCGGGCUGCCCAGCACACGUUUGGACAGAGCAGCUCCUUGGCCUCCAGGAUGCCCGUUCCUGCCUCCUGGCCGCGCCCUCCUCCUUGCCUGCUGCUGACUCUGCUGCUGACUCUGCUGCGGGGCCUCUCAGGCGCAGAAGAGGAGCUGCAGGUGAUUCAGCCUGAGAAGUCAGUGACCGUCGUAGCCGGAGAGACGGCCAUUCUGACUUGCUCUGUGACCUCCCUGCUCCCCAUUGGGCCCAUGAAGUGGUUCAGGGUGACAGGAUCAGGCCGGGAGCUCAUCCACAGUGUCAAAGAAGGCAGCCUCUCCCCCCGAGUAACACUUGUCGCAGACACCACGAGGAGAGACAACAUGGACUUUUCCAUCCGCAUCAGUAACAUCACCCCAGCAGACACAGGGAUGUACUACUGUGUGAAGUUCCGGAGAGGAAGCCCUGACACGGAGCUCAGGUCUGGAGCAGGCACUCAGCUCACCGUGAGUGCCAAACCCUCCCCUGUGGUAUCGGGUCCCACGGGGCGGUCCACACCUGGGCAGACAGUGAGCUUCACCUGUGAGUCCCACGGCUUCUCCCCCAAAAAGAUCACCCUGAAAUGGUUCAAAGAUGGGAAUGAGCUCCCAGCCUCCCAGACCACCGUGGACCCAGAGGGAGACAGCCCUUCCUACAGCAUCUCCAGCACAGCCAAGGUGGUACUGGCCCCGAGGGAUGUUCGCUCCCAGGUCAUCUGCCAGGUGGCCCACGACACCCUAAAGGGUGACACUACCCUUCGUGGGACCGCCAACUUGUCUGCCACCAUCCGAGUUCCACCCACCUUGAAGGUCACCCAGCACACUGUGUCAGGGACCCAGGAGAAUGUCACCUGCCUGGUGAAGAACUUCUACCCCCAGCACCUCCAGCUGACCUGGUUGGAGAAUGGAAACACGUCCCGAACAGAAACGGCCUCGGCCCGCAUGGAGAACCAGGACGGGACCUUCAGCUGGAGCAGCUGGCUCCUGGUGCACCUGUCUGCCCACAGGGAGGAUGUGAUGCUCACCUGUCUGGUGGAGCACGACGGGCAGCCGGCGGUCACCACUAACCUCACAGUCAAGGCCUCUGCUCAUCAGAGGGACCAGAGCACAGAUGGACCCUCUGGUGAGGCCUCCGCUCUAACUGAACUGCUUUUUAGAUUUUAUCAUUUUGAAUGUCAUGAGUAGGAAUUUAUGCUUAUUAUAGAACAAUCAAACAAUCUGUAGAGAUAAAUAGCAUUUUGAAGAGAGUUCCCUUCUCCCAAACCUCAGACUCCAAGAGUCACCACGGGUAAGAGUUUGGGACUUACCUUUAUAGAGCUCUGGACACCAAUGUGCAUGAAGGAAAGAGAGAGGGAGGGAGGGAGACCAUCCUGUUCAGUGUCCUGCCUCUGGCUUUCUUCACCCCAGUCCCUGUACUCACCGCCCAUGUCAGUCCCUCCCUCCUCCUGGCUCCAUCUAACCUCCUCCUGGUCUCUGCUCCACCCUGGACUUUUCCGUCCGCACCAGGAGGGUCAUCCCAGCAAAUGCCUGGACCUACUGCUCUGUGCAGUCCCUGGGGGAGCCCUGAGGACAGGGACUUGGAGUCUCAACAGGGCACCCAAGUGACCAUGAGUGGUCACCACACAGGCCUCCUUUGACCUCAUGGUUGUAACAAUGAACCAGCAAUAAUCACAAACUUCUGGUGGUAGAGUUGAUGGUAAUAUUUCCUUUUUAUUUUUCUGAUGUCUGUGGGGUCAACAGCGAUUACCUCUGUUCUACCUCUGAUACUGCAAAUCUGCCGUUUCCACUUUUUCCUUUAUCAGUCUUGCUGAAAGUCUUCAAUGUUAUUGCGCUUUUUGAAGAACCCGCUUUUGUUUCAAGGGUUUUCUCUAUGAUGUCUCUGUUUCAAUUUCACUGAUUAUUCUCCUCUUUACUUGAUAAAUUCCGUUCUUCCAUCUGGGGUUGAUUUUGCUCCCCUUAUCUGAGUUAUUGAGGUGGGUAACUCAGAUGACUGAUUUUAGACUUUUUAUUUUUCUAAGCCACACCUGGGUGACUCUCUGUGCCUUGGGGUUAGAGGAGGGCAACCCAUGAUUUGUGACCACCGGGUCCUUCCCGCAGUCCUCAGGCCGGGGGCCAGUGUGCCUUCCCCUCCACCUCUGAGAGUCCUGGCCUGCUUGUCCCUGGCCUUACUCUAGGGCUCAGAGGUGAACCAAACAGAGAGACAGGAGACAUGAGUUCCCGUCUUGCCUGGACCACCUCGGAGUGCUGUUGAGUCUCCAUCUCUGCCAGGGACUCACCCAGCACUGGACUCCCAGGUGCGCUCAGGUGCCUGACCCACACCUGCUGGGUCUAAGGCUGCAGGUGUUCGGGUGUCUGGGUCAGGGGGCUGGAGCUCAGUGAGAGCCACACCGUGCCUGGGCCUCUGAGGGCUCUGGCCAUUGCAGACCCGGUGCAAUGGGCUUGGUGUCAGGAUGCACAUCGGUUUGGUCAUUUUUGGUUUUUCACAGUAUUUCUGGAUUCAUUGAC